AGAAAUAGUACAAUGAGAAUUUACAUAAAUCGGUUGACGGCCUUAGCCUUGAGCUAAAAGGGUUGACUAAAAAGUAUUCGGCAAUAAGAAAAUGAAGUUAUUUGAUGUUUGCUCUCGCAAAAAUACCAUAUUUUGUUUUGCAUAUUGCAUAGAAAAAAUACGAUUAAAGGGAAGUUUUAAAAUUGUCAAGGUUUAAAAAAGCUGUUUUGAGACUGAACAAUGUCGGAUAUUCCUCCAAGACAGUCACCAGUCCCCACCCAUCAGAGAUCGUACCCCAGUUCCUCAGGAUCAAGCAUGAACGUCGAGGUUGAAAGGGACCAUUAUAAGGAGAAGGUGGAACAUUUUAAAUUCUUAGUGAGGAAGUUGCAAGAGGAAAACCAGACAUAUAAACUAAGGAAAGAAAGCACAGAGACUGUGUCUAGACUUUUACAAGAGUCUAAACAAGAAGUUGCGGCGUUACAAAAGAAAUGCAGUCUUUUUGACGCUAUAAUUCGAACUCUUCAAAGUAGGCUUGAAUCAAAUGGAUUAUCUAGUGACGUGUGUCCGCGUGAAGGGGAAGAGUACAUUCCGGGCCAAUCAAAAAAUUUACUGGACAAUUUGACUCGUGAAAAUAAAAGACUUCGUAGUAUUAUUCGGUCAAGGUCAGGAGAUCCCGAAGAAUAUGCAAAACUUCAGCAGCUCCAUGAAGAAUCAGAGAGAGUGUGUAGUGAACUUAGAAUACAAUGUAGUAAUCAACAAACUCGCAUCGCUGAACUGGAGCAAGUUCUCAGGUCAUCAGACAAUGAAAAAGAUAGAACUAUUAAUGAACUUCGUGAAAAAAUAAACCAUAUGACACGUGAAUUGACGUCACGUGACACUUUAUGUACGACAUUAGCAGAGGAGACCCGAAUGUUGCAGAAACAACUGGAAGAUGUUGCCCGGCAGUGUCAAGAGCUAGCAAAACGCCUUACAGAGCAGGGACACAAUACUGAUAAAAUUGUUCAAACAGCUCUUAAGGCAGGCACUAAAGAUGGUACAGAAGCCAGUAAAACUAUCAUUGAAGAAAAUAAGUCCCUUAAACAGAAAGUUAGAGAGAUUACAGAAAUGAACAAACGAUGGCAAGAUUAUAAUAAUCAGAGGGAGGCCUACGUUAAAACUCUGCUCACAGAUCUCAAUGGUUUGCAGAAACGUAUUGAGGAACUCUCUGGCAACGCCAUACCACAUGAAACACAGGUUGAAAUGAACCGAAUACUUGACGAAGCCCGUCGUUUAACACGUGAACUAGAUGAACAAAAACGCGUGACGGCGCGUACAAAUAACGAGCGUGAUCGGUUUAAACGAGAGCUUGAAAACGCUAACGGCGUGAUUAUCACGUUGAGAAAUGAAAAUCACGAAUUAAAAAGACUAGCAGAAUCGGGGUCCUCCCACGAAUCUUCAGAGACAAUAAAUGCUUUGAAAGCGCAGAUACGUAUUUGUACAGAAGAUUUCGAAUCUGAAAGAAAAGAUAGAGAAAGGGCUGUUUCAAAAGCAUCAAGAUUAGAACACGAGUUAGAACGAUUGAGAAAAGAGAAUGAGAAUCUGAAACGUGAGGUAUCUAGAUUUCAAGCCAGUCCCCAGAUACAGUCACCAUAUACCGAUCCUUUCUACCAUUAUCCGUCCCCUGGAGCACCUCACGGAAAUUUCAGCAAUGAGAGGCUGGCUGCACGUGGUGUAUCAAGACUUCCACAGGAAGCAGUCCAACAGAUAAACAUUGACAGAUAUAACGUAAUAGACGGAUCAGAUUUACAUGCUGAUGGUGAAAACCACGUGCUCAAAAAUGGCCGCCUCCAGGACAAUGAACAAACAUUAGUUGUUGCGGCCAGUAAGAAAAGUGAUGAUGACUACAAUUCGUUGAAUGCAUCUUCCAUUUCGUCAAAAGAGCGCUGUUCUCCCUCCCCAAGACAUUCUCCGAGGAGCAGCAGGGAUAAUUCGCCUAUAAAUAGUGGUUUACAACAAAAUUUAACCACGAAAACUGGUGACGUUUUAAGAUGCCCAAAAUGUAACAAAGAAUUUACAUCAGACGAACACCCGGAACUUCUUGAACAUAUGGACUCUUGUGCUUACUAAAUAUGUUUUAUUGUGAAAUAAUCAGUUUUAAGUGAUCGGAAAUGGCGUUGUUUCCUCUUGCGUUACUCAUCCUUUUCCUAUGUAAUAUUUCAAGUGUUUCCGGACGGUGUUUCCGGAUCGUACGAGUAAUAAAGUAUAAAUACUUA